AUGUGCUUCCGCCGCCGAGCCGUCUUUACUACCUGCGGCCACACACAAUGGGGUGCGGUCAUGCAUGGAUCGUGGCCUGGACCACGACCUCACCCACAUCAAGCUCCCGCCGAGAUGGAUACUGCAAGUCAAGUCGGCUCAGCACGGAGACAAUACAGAACCAGCUAUGCGAGCACAGCAAGUGCACCAAGCGCCGCUACGGAUGAUACCGCGCCGACAAGGCACAGCCUGGAGCGAACAGACGAGGACGGUCUUACUCGAAAUCCUACAGCUAUACACCAGCGAAGUGGAGACGGUGAUUCAGACGAAAAUGCAGACCCAUGUGCUGGCGGUCGGAAUAAAAGCCAUCCUUACCUCACCGUCUGGAUCGACGGUCUGUGUCAAGCAUGUGAGGCACGCCGGAGUAUACUGCUCACAAGACUACUCGAUGAAGAAAUGGAUGAUACCGGUGGAGAUCAUAUAGCAGAAUGGGGGAAGGAUGUCGAGUUGGCCUUUGAGCUGGAUAGACGAUCGACCAUGCUGUUCAACCAGUCACAGUCGAGCCGAUCCAGUCGCUCUGUCUCAGGCAGGUCAACGAGCAUGAGAAGUUCGGGCAUCCCGAGGUAUUCGACACUGUAG